AUGGAAUGGCCAGACCCGAGCCUUGAGGCCUUGACCCCUCGCUUUGGGAGGCCGGGCAAUGGCGGGGUCCCUCCUUGCUUCGGCAUCCUCCUUUCCCGGCUGCAUUCACGCCUUUCCCGGCCCUCCCCGGCGGGGCAGCUGGUUCCGGCUCAGCCUGAGGGCGUCAUUUCCCGGGGCGGAGCGGGGCGGCUCCGGGUGUCUGCAAACAGAAUUGAACUGACAGCUCUGGUAUUUUUAGCUCCAAACAAGAUGAAGAUCCCCUCUUUGCUGCUGAGAUUCCCUCAUUGCUAUUUCUCCAGAAGAACUUACUUCAUGAACUUUUGCUUCGCUUCCCGAGCAGGUUUCCUGGGCGUUGAGUCUCUUGGGCCAGUGCACGGCUGUCAUACAAAAUGGAUUUGUUCAUCAAAUGCUUGCAGGAGAGCGCUGUGCCAGCAAGCAGCCCCUGAGCAGCAAGCAGAGGGACUUUCUGACCGGGAGCAGAGACUUGUAGACAGACUUUACCAGGGGCUAAUCCAGGGCCACAGAGCCUGCUUAGCCGAAGCCAUUACACUCAUAGAAUCAACUCAGAGUAGGAAGAAGAAAGUAGCCCAGGUGCUCCUUCAGAAGGUAUUAUCCUACCACAGGGAACAAGAAAAGUUAAAUCAAGGAAAGCCACUUGCCUUUAGAGUGGGGUUGUCUGGUCCUCCUGGUGCUGGAAAGUCGACCUUCAUAGAAUGCUUUGGGAAGAUGCUUACGGAAAGAAACCACAAAGUGUCUGUGUUGGCUGUAGACCCUUCCUCUAGUACAAGUGGUGGUUCCCUGCUGGGUGAUAAAACACGGAUGACUGAGUUGUCAAGGGACAUGAAUGCAUACAUCAGACCAUCUCCAACCAGUGGGACACUGGGAGGUGUCACAAGGACCACAAAUGAAGCCAUUCUGCUCUGUGAAGGAGGAGGUUACGAUGUUGUUCUUGUGGAAACAGUAGGUGUGGGCCAGUCAGAAUUUGCUGUGGCUGAUAUGGUUGAUAUGUUUAUAUUACUGCUACCACCUGCGGGUGGAGAUGAAUUACAGGGCAUCAAGCGGGGCAUCAUUGAGAUGGCAGACCUGGUUGCUAUCAAUAAGGCUGAUGGUGAUUUAGUAGUGCCUGCCCGGAGGAUCCAGGCUGAGUACAUCAGUGCCAUGAAGCUGCUUCGCAAGCGUUCGAAGGUUUGGAGGCCAAAGGUAAUGCGCAUCUCCGCCAAAACCGGCGAGGGCAUCUCGGAAAUGUGGGACAAAAUGACCGAGUUCCGCGACCUCGCGCUCACCAGCGGCGAGCUGCUCGCCAAGCGACGGAAACAGCAGAAAGUGUGGAUGUGGAACCUCAUCCAGGAAAACAUGCUGCAGCAUUUCCGGAGUCACCUGGCAGUCAAGGAUAAGAUCCCACUUCUGGAGGAAAAAGUUCUUAGCGGAGUCUUGUCUCCUGGGCUGGCAGCAGACCUGCUGCUGAAGGCAUUCAAGGAUGGUCUCUAAGCAUUGUUUUCUACUCUAUUCUUUUGGGUGCUUUAUGUAAACGAGAACAUUAAAUGCACUUUUUCUAUGUGUGGAUUCAGAUGUUUUGCUGCAGCAGAAAUGAAUAGAAAAACUAUCCAGUACUCUGCAAAAGAAUUCUGUUGGAUUCUGUAUAUGCAGUGAUCAUGACAAAUCUAAACACUCACUAAGAGAUUACUACACACUAUUGGAAAAAAAUAAAUUUCCAAAUCUUCUAUUUCUGCAUGCCUUAGAUUUGUUGAUAAAAACUGGAUGCCCAUGUAAAAUGAUUGGGUCUGGGGAGGGCAGGAGAGUGAGGUUUGUGGUGGUGCAGGGUUCGAUUCUGGUUGUGGGGUCAUCUCAGAGCAGUUGACACUGCAGCUUUCCAUUCUAAUAUAGCAACAGCUGUUGCCAGAAUGGAUUGCAUUUUCUUUCCUCACCUUGAGUGACAGCAAGAACAUUGCACUGCCUGACAGCACCAGACCACAGCCUUAGUUUUAAAUAAAUAGUAUGCAUAUAAAUAGAACAUAGUGGUGUUUGGUCCCUCUUUGGAAGCUGUAGUUAGUUAUUAUGCACUGUACAGUAGGAUAAGGGAAUUUUAACCAUCUGGUUUCAAAAUAGAUGUUUUAUUAAAAAGCAAAAUGUAGUUAGACUUUUUUUUCAUGCAGACAUCAGACUGGACAAAUGCUACCCAUGAUAUUUUAAUAGCAAAUGUCUUUAUACUAGAGCAAUUUGUCUCUAAAAACAAUGUUUUGUGGUUUUUUAAUCUGACUUAGGUUUUUUGUAUUCAAACAAAAUGGCCAGUCAUGUUUGGUAUUUUUUCUUUAUCUCUUGCAGAAGACAGGACUACUUCCAACCAAAAGCACUUUUAUUUUCUAUUUUCCCUUGAGAAAAAUCUGGAGGAAACAUUUUCCUGAUCUAUGAUCUAGAAAGCAGAGCUCAUCUGGUACCCACUAAAUGUGAAGGAUAAAGUGGAAAAAUGCUGAUUUUUGGAGAUCUGACAGUAAAACCAGUAAAACAGGAGAAUAUGUGAGCCUGUUGGUAUUUAGAUAAAUUAAUUUUUAAAGAAAUAUAUUGGAAGUGAUAAUUUUCAGUUUUGAUUUUCUGGACAUGUAUGUGAAAGGUAUGGUGACUUUAGCUCAAUUUCACCUGUUUGGCUUCUGGCAACCCAAUUCCAGUAUAGCAGUGAAUUGGCUUACUUAAAUCCUCUUUUUACCUUCAUGGUGUUUGUAUUUGUUCAGGGUUUUUUUUCCCCUCAAAAUACUUUUUCCUCUUCAUUUCCCUUGUCCCAGUCGUUAUAUCGUGAUCCCAGUUUUUGCCUGCUGGGCACUGUUUGCCAUGAAACACUAAGGAAGGGCAUUGUGGUGUUUUGGGGGCCAUACAGCUGAGGCAUUUCCUUGGCAAGAAAGUUUGCACUGGUGUAGCCUGUGUUAGUGAUUUCCACCACCUCAAUUGUCAGAACUUCUGACCACUUACUCCUGUUUCUUAAUCUCUACUGUGGGGUUGCUGCAGUCAGUUGCAGAGGCAGCUGAAGGAAUGUAUGGAGUGGCAGAAGCACAGUGACUUUGUCAUGACCAUGCUGAAUUGUGAGACAAAUGCAGUGCUUACAGUUUCUUUUUUAUUUAAGCAACCUCUAUUGAAUAUGACAGAGAGUGCCCCAAACCAAGAGCAAUGCCUUUGAGUCCUUUCAGCUUUAAGUACUGACUGUAUUUCGUGGUACCUUGUAGAAGAAAUGACAGUCAAGUGGGGAGCGAAUUAAUGAGAGCAGCAGCAUUUUAACUAGUGAGUUCUCAGUUUUUUGAUAGUCCCUUUGUUUCAGGUGGCAGUUUUUGAGGUGACCUCAUUUGUGUUUAUCUGCUAGAUUAAACCCUUAUUAUGGCCAUUGCUGCUUCUGUCAGGACUGCUGUUUUCCUUGUCUGUUAUACAUGAGCUGCCAAGCAAGUAAAACAGAACUACAGCUUUGUUUAAAUGACACCUGCUCAUGCAGAGUAUGUUUUAUGGCUUCUUCAGUAUUUAUUUUCUGGACGCAGAUCUACUGAUCCACUCAAGCCGUGGGCUAUCGUUAUUUUCUCAUUUUGUUGCUUCUUUUGUAAUAUUGUUAAUUUACAAAUGAACUCUUAGCAGAAGUACAAUGGCAGGUUCUUCAUACUGCAUUUUCCUUUUAAAGCAGAGCAUUAAAUGAAAAUCUGAUUUGCCUUCUUUAUGUGUUCAGUUAUGCCUCAUGCUUCAGUAGAUGGAGAAAUAUCCUUAUAUUGAAAGGAAUCUUUGGAAACGAAACAGUAAAUGGGGGUCUCUCUUUUGUUUUUUAGUGAUUCCCCUACCAAACUGAAAAGCUGUCCUGUGCAAACUAUGAACUGAGCCUUCCAUGUAGUAAUGAAAUAGUUUGUUUUACAGCCUGUCACAUUUUGCUGUGAUGUGUUUUGGAGUCAGCUGCUGCUCAGUUAACUGUGCGGUUUCGUUCAUGUUCUCGUGGGCUGGGCAGAUGCAUUGUCUUCAGAAGGUCUGCAGAGCUUCAGCUGGUCAGCUACAACUCCAUAAACAAUCCACUAUGUCCCAAGAUAGGGAAGAAUGUUUCCAGCUCAUAAUUUUUAGCUCUGUGGGAUGAACUUGGCUAAAAUGCAUUAAAAUAUUGUUAUUCAAGUAAACAGGCUUCUGAAAAAAAGAUAGUAAACAAAUCUGUUGAGUAGGAUGUUGACAUAUUCUUAGUUUCUGGAGUUGUCAAGCUGCUCUCAUGUUUACACUUAAACCCACAGCUAUUGCAGAAUAGUAUGGGAAAAUGAUAUAACUUCAUGAGAAGCCAAUAGCAACAGGACGUUUGUAGCUGGAGGUAUGACAAACUGUUAGACAAAUGAGUAAGGGAGGUCAGGAAUAAACUGUUUAGGAUACACAAAGUCAUUUUCUACAAAGUCUUGCAGUUGUCUCUAAGUGUGAAACUUUCCCCCAGGUCCCUGUGUAAUAGAUGUUGCUGGUGUUUCACAGCUGGCAAAAACAAGUGUGGUGAGAUCAAGUGAUUUACCCAAGACUCUGGAGCAGGUCAGAGAGUGUAAGGGUUACAGUUCAAUAAUCUUUACUCUGAGCCCCACAUAUAUUUACAGCCACGUUACUUAAGGUUGAAAAAAUGCUCUUAGCAAGUUCAUGCUCUUAGUGUGACUUAUUCCUUUCAUAUCUAAUCUCUCUGUUUUCAGUGACAGGACCCAGUGACCCCUUCCUGACUACUGUUCUGUUGUAAUGUCCUGCUUUAAGUAAUAAAAAACUUUCCUUUGAUAUCUAAU